CCACCAGCACUCAGCUCCAGGCAAGAUACUUUUGUUUGGUUCAUUUCUUACUGGUUGAUGGAAGAGCAGAUUUAUCUUAAAAUGCAAGAAAUCCCAGGCUAAGUGUUUGGCUCAAGUAAAUGGUAGAACAAUCACUUAGGCCCUGGGUCCAAUUCCUAGUAUCACCAACAACUGAUUUUCCUUCUACAGUUCCCAUUAGGAAAUGCCAGUGGACUCCAGUCAGAUUCGAACACCAUGCACAGCCAACUCUGAAAACCACUUAUAGAGUUUAAUCAAGAAUAUAUAAGAGUGAGAAAGAGAGUACCCUCUGAGAAGGAAAGGGAUGAACCUUAAAUCUACCUUAUCCUAGCAAGCACAACUGUUAACAUAUGGAAAGAAGCACAGAAAACUGGCAGUUUCACACGUUCUGAUAAAAAUCAAGGCUUUUAUACUAUUAGUGGACAUCUGGUGGACCAUUAUUUUUUGUGACAUAACAAAACUAUUAACUAAUAAUUAUAGAAAUGGCAAGGAGACCAAAGGUCACCUUGAUCAAAGGAAAGAAUGUUAAUUCUACCUUCUUUAUUUUAGUUUUGUGUAUGUGUGUGUGUGUGUGUGUUUAGGAAAAAAGAAUGAAUCAACUCUUUUUUUGUUAUGAUUCAAGUCUCUUAGAAGAAAAAAAGAUUUGUAAUGGGGGCUUAGUUAUAGAAAUCUAAUUGUGUCAGUUUCAAUAUUGCAAUGCUAGAAAUCUCCAUUCCUCACCGAGUAUUCCAUGCCUGGAGCUAUUUUUCUGGAGUUACAGGAAAGAGGAGUCCCCUCAUCCGCUAGUUCCCACAAGUGGCAGCUGCAGCACCACUCAGCCUCACCUCUACCCCCAGGUGGCCCCAAAUCUCCUCUGAAAAGCUUGGGUUCAGAUAUCAGAAGCAACCUUGAUGGGGUGGAGAGGGCCUGGAAGGCUUAGAUCACAUAUCAUGAGGCAGGACCAGGUUGUCCUCAAUGCAAAAUAACAGAGUAGUUAGCAGAAAUUGUCCUAUUUAGGGUUAGGUCAACCCCAGGCAUAAGCCACAACUCUCAAGAGCUCUUGAAUUAGUCAUAGCAGUGAAGAAAAGGAACACUGAGCUGUGCCUGGCAGGGAGUCUGGAGUUUCUGGUUUGGAAGCUCAAGAAGGCGUGAGGCAGGGGAGGGGCCUCCAGGUAGGGGAGGGCACAUAGCUAGGCAGGGCUCUAGUGAGUUAUGCAGCAGAGCUGUGCUGUAGCAGAGGCAACCAGGACACGGGACACGAGGACACCAAGAGUCUCCUGAAACUCAGGAGAGUGAAGAUACUCUUGACUACCCAAGAUACCACUCCUGCUCCACUUGUCGUUGUGAGGCUUCUGCUUGUCCUGUACCCAACAGAUGGAGGCACUAAUAGGAACAAAAAUUGGUUGCCUGUUUGCCCUUCUGUUUCUUACCCUGGGCUGUGGCCUUAUUCCUAUCUGCUUCAAAUGGUUCCGGAUUGAUGCAGCUACAGGUCGUCACCACCAAGUCCUCAGCCUUCUGGGCUGUAUCUCUGCUGGUGUUUUCCUGGGAGCUGGGUUUAUGCAUAUGACCACUGAAGCCCUGGAGGGAAUUGAAUCAGAGAUCCAGAAGUUUAUAGGACAGAACAGUACAGAAAGUAAAGGAAAUUCUUCUGAUACUGCUGAUUCCACUCAUGUGGAGUAUCCCUAUGGAGAGCUUAUCAUCUCCCUUGGCUUUUUCUUGGUCUUCCUUUUGGAGUCACUUGCAUUCCAGUGCUGUCCUGGGGCUGCUGAAGGAUCAACUCUGCAGGAGGAGGAAUGGAGUGGAUCUUCUGUUUUUGGAUUCCACAGCCAUUCACCUCUACCCUCACCCCCACGGGGCCCCCUUCGAGCCCUUGUCCUCUUGCUCUCACUCUCCUUUCACUCAGUGUUUGAAGGUCUAGCUGUGGGGCUACAGACAACAAUAGCAGCUACCAUACAACUCUGUGUUGCUGUUCUGGCUCAUAAAGGUCUUGUAGUGUUUGGUGUAGGACUUCGGCUGGUGAAGUUAGGCACUGGAUCACGGUGGGCUGCAUUUUCCAUACUGUCAUUAGCUCUCAUGUCCCCCUUGGGCCUAGCUUUAGGGAUGAGUGUGGCUACUGGGGAUUCUGAAGGAGGUCAGGGUUUAGCCCAAGCUGUAUUAGAGGGUGUGGCAGCUGGCACAUUCCUGUAUGUCACCUUCCUAGAAAUUCUACCCCGGGAGCUAGCUGGUCCUGGUGCCCCUCUGACUAAGUGGUGCUGUGUGGCUGCUGGUUUCACCUUCAUGGCCAUUAUUGCCUUAUGGGCCUGAAAGAGUCCUGCUUGUUGUGAUAGAGCUAUCUAAGAGGACUCCUCCCUACCACCAAGAGACAACUCUGUGGCUUUGGCCCUCAGACUUUUUUUUUCUUGUGAGACUAAAGAACAUUCACAAGCUGUAUCACUCCCCAGGGACUGGACCCUACCUUUUAUCUACCUAAGAAGCCAUUUGUCAUCAGAACUGAGUAUGGAAUAUUUAGAUUCUAUGUUUAUGUGGAGAACUGACAAAAAUGUUAUCAUUUCAGAUUUGACUUUUCUCCUGUUUAUGCUGCUAUGUGUUAAUAAAAUGCC